UGUUCAGCAGUUGUUCAAAUAUAUGCAGCAGAUCGCAAUGCCAUGUGGUCAAAGAAAUGCUGUGGUGUAGCUUGCCUUGUAAAGGACAAUCCGCAGAGGUCAUAUUUUAUCAGAAUAUUUGACAUUAAGGAUGGGAAAUUGUUGUGGGAGCAGGAGCUGUACAAUAACUUUGUAUAUAAUAGUCCUAGAGGAUAUUUUCAUACCUUUGCUGGAGAUACAUGUCAAGUUGGUCUUAAUUUUGCUAAUGAAGAAGAAGCUAAACUAUUCCGCAAAACAGUAACAGAUUUACUUGGACGACGGCAGAGAAAAUCUGAAAAAAGACGAGACCCACCAAAUGGCCCGAAUCUACCGAUGGCAACUGUUGAUAUCAAAAACCCAGAAAUUACAACUAACAGAUUUUAUACUCCACAAGUCAACAAUAUUUCAUACACCAAAGAUAAGAAGAAAGGAAAAACUAAAAAGAGAAGAUUGACAAAAGCAGAUAUUGGAACGCCAUCUAAUUUCCAACACAUUGGACAUGUUGGUUGGGAUCCAAACACAGGUUUUGAUGUGAACAACUUAGACCCAGAACUGAAAAACCUGUUUGAUCUGUGUGGAAUUUCAGAGGCUCAAUUAAAAGACAAAGAAACUUCAAAGGUCAUAUAUGAUUUCAUUGAAAAAACAGGAGGUGUGGAAGCCGUUAAAAACGAGCUGCGCAGACAAGGUCCCCCACGGUGGAGCGCUCCACCUCCACCACCACCGUGCAGAGGAGGACCCCCUCCACCACCACCUCCACAUAGCCUGGGUCCUCCUCCUCCCCCUGCUAGGGGCCGAGGGGCACCACCUCCACCUCCUUCAAGAGCGCCCACAGCAGCACCUCCACCCCCACCUCCGUCUAGACCUGGUGCCUCGGUGCCCCCACCUCCUCCAAACAGGAUGUAUCCUCCACCACCACCAGUGCAUUCAUCAUCUGCGCCAUCAGGUCCUCCUCCACCACCACCACCACCACCGGCAAGUGGGUCAUCUGUUCCUCCACCACCUCCUCCUCCUCCACCCCCUCCUGGUCCUCCUCCACCACCAGGCCUUCCUUCAGAGGUUGAUCACCAGCUUCCAGUUCCUGUGGGAAACAAAGCAGCACUCCUGGAUCAAAUCAGAGAAGGAGCUCAGUUAAAGAAAGUAGAACAGAACAGUCGACCAGUGUCCUGCUCAGGAAGAGAUGCACUGUUAGACCAGAUACGACAGGGUAUACAGCUGAAAUCCGUAUCUGAUGGUCAGGAGAGUGCACCGCCUACACCUGCACCCACCUCAGGAAUUGUGGGUGCAUUAAUGGAAGUUAUGCAGAAAAGGAGCAAAGCCAUUCAUUCUUCAGAUGAAGAUGAGGAUGAAGAAGAUGAAGAAGACUUUGAGGAUGAUGACGAAUGGGAUGAUUGAUCAUAUAUUAUUAUAUAUAUAUAUUUUUUAAGGUGAAUGAUAUACUAAACACUACUUUCUGUCUAUGGAUUCUGUAAAAUUAUCAUGUAAAUGUUCUACCAAUUUGCUGUAUAUUUUUGUUGCCUUUUGCUUUUUUAUUAAUCUGUGCAAUACCUCAUUUAAUCUGUAAAGGUUUGUCAUAAUCCUCUACAAAGCUACUCCCUGUUAAUGUGUGCAAGUUUACACCUGGAUGAUCAUGUACAUGUGAAUACUUUUCAUUCCAUCAAUAAGGGAGUUUAAAUGUAAUAUGUGAGACUGGCAAAAACCUUAAUGUAAUUUAGUUAUAAUGCAAGAAGGAAAACACUAUUUUCAUACCCUACUUUUUCUGUAUCUAAAUUUUCUUAUUAAAACCUAGUAUAGCAC